AUGGAGAAGGAACCCCAAGACCAGUGGUCCGUUACGACAGGGUCGAUCAUCUUCCUGCUCGCAAUGGGAGGUCUGACCCUGGGAUGGGCUGUUCUAAUGCUGCCCCCCCAAAUUGCAAAAGCUACCUUCCCGUACCCGAUGAUUGUCAUUCUUAUCGUUUUUUACCGGAUGAGUGAUGUGUUCCCUGAUGACACUGCAAAUGAAAUCUGGGGGAUGUCCGCAUUGAUUUGGCUCUCGCACAUGUCGUACGUGGUCUAUAUUCACGGAAAUAGGCCGUACGGGGAGCACCGCGCCGAUGGCAAUCAAGGGGCGUCACCGUGUUUGAAUCGAAAACAAGCAUUCAAGAUGCUAUUUAAUUGCCGAGGUAUCAAUACUCCGUGGGCCAUUGACCCAGCAUUUCGAGACACGCCUCCCAACUGCAGCACUGCAACCCAUGUCAAACUACAAAUGAAGGGGUCUGACCUAUCCCAUCAAACAAAUGAUUCGUCCUUGAACAGACAGCGCCGAUCUCGACUCAAAUUCUGUAUGACGCGUGUGCUUCUUAUGUUGGGACGAUUUAGCUUGCUGUGCCUUAUGCCGAACGAUAUUCGAAGCACCAUGACUGUCUAUCCCUCUGACUUUUCGUCAAAGAAACGCUCCUUCUUUCGAAGGGUUAUCUUUAGCGUUUGCAGGAAUAUUCUACCAGCAUCAGUAGGCAACAACGACGACCUUGAUGUCUCUCGUGAGGCACUUCUACGACUGAGCACAGUAUUCCACAUGAUUGUCCCAUUCUGGUUCACCUUGGAGUCAUAUCAUGACGUCUUUGCUAUCGUUCAUGUGGGCUUUGGUUUAGACUCACCAGACGAAUGGCCACCACUAUUUGGUAACAUUGCUGAGGCUUACACUGUACGUCGUUAUUGGUCGAAGUUCUGGCAAAAGCUGCCCUACCGAUCCUACGGCUCCUUUGCAUCACUGAUAUCAACCCGCAUCCUCCGUGUUCCUGAGGGAACUAUAUGGGCGCGAUAUAUCAAGAACAUUCUAGUAUUUUGGUUAUCUGGGUUGGUACAUUUUGUUGCCUGGCAUAGGCAAGGAUUCGGCUGUGCUGCACAUUCCGUGUUUCUCUGGUACUUCAUACAGCCGGUCGGGUUUGUAAUUGAAGCAAAUGUCCAGUCAUUGUGGUAUCGGUGGCAGCGAAAGGGGGAAAGUAUGAGUCUGACUUCCUGCAUCGCGAAGCGACUGAUCGGUUACAUUUGGGUGGUGCUAUGGAUGUUCUGGUCUGUUCCAAAAUAUGUUUAUACUUUGCAAUACUGCUUUGCUUCACUGUAG